AUGUCUGUUCCUGAAAUUACUUCUUCCUGCUUUGAACCCAAUAAUCAGAUGGUCAAGUGCGAUCCUCGUAACGGUAAAUACAUGGCUUGUUGUUUGUUAUACCGUGGUGAUGUUGUACCUAAAGACACCAAUGCUGCCAUCUCUACUAUCAGAACAAAACGUACGAUUCAGUUUGUGGAUUGGUGUCCUACGGGUUUUAAAGUGGGUAUCAAUCAUCAGCGCCCUACGGUUGUACCUGGUGGUGAUUUGGCUGAAGUACAACGUGCUGUUUGUAUGUUGUCUAGUACAACAGCCAUUUCUGAAGCUUGGGCACGUCUUGAUCACAAAUUUGAUUUGAUGUAUGCUAAGCGUGCAUUUGUUCAUUGGUAUGUAGGUGAAGGUAUGGAAGAAGGUGAGUUCUCUGAAGCGCGUGAAGAUUUGGCUGCUCUUGAAAAGGAUUAUGAAGAAGUAGGUGCUGAUUCUCUUGGAGACUCAGAAAUGGAAGACAAUGAAUAUUAA